AUGGUAGUUUUAUGUGAUUACUGCCGAUUCCCAAUCGUCGAACUUAUCAGAAAUAUAUCAGCGCAUACAGUGAUAUCUCGACUGGAGACAAUAUUCGCUAUGUUGGGGAUUCCAAGCAUAGUAAAGUCGGACAACGGAGCACCGUUAAACAGCCAAAAUUUCACAGAAUUUGCGAACAGAUACGGAUUUCAACAUCGCAGAGUAACACCGUUGCACCCACAAGCCAACGGUCUAGUUGAAGCGUUCAUCAAGCCUCUUGUGAAAGCCUUGAAAACGGCCGGUACGGAAGGAAUACAGAUUCGACAAGGUCUGAGCAACUUCCUUAUGAAUAACCGUAGCACACCACAUCCUAGCACAGGCCGCUCACCAGCAGAAAUCAUGUUUGGAAGGAAACUUAAAACUAAAAUUCCGAUAUUCGGAGCACCAGAAAACGAUAAACAUGUCCAAUAA